AUGGAUAUCUUGGAAAACAUUCCGAGAGUUAGAACAGAUGGACCACCAUACUGGCUAAUAUUUGUCGGUCAAAACACAAGAUACUGUGAAGCCAUACCAUUACAGUCCAAAAAUAUUUUAGAUGUGAAAACUGCUUUGACAAUAUUCGUUGACAAAUACCAUCCAACAAAACUGACAUCUGACUGUGAAAGUUCUUUCAAAUCAGACGAUAUUAAAAACUAUCUGCGUUCAAAAAAUGUAAACCAAUAUUUCAUUGUCGACCAAAACCAUUCUGCUCUUGGUGUCAUUGACAGUUGUAUAAAAAUCUUAAGAGACUUAAACCAACCACAAGGUGGUGAAGCAAAUGAAAUGUCAUAUGACGACAAGUAUAGACAUUUCUCCAUGGCAAAGAUGAGACAAGUUUUAAAUAUUUACAAUAGCCGUAAACAAAAAGGUUUGGGAAACCACUCCCCCGAAGAAAUGAAAAACAACCCCGACUUAGAGAAAGACUAUAUAUUUAAUAGUUUAGUCAAAAGAGACAAACAAGAAAGAAUGCCAGGCUUCAAACUUAAGAAAG